UUCUAAAUUUUUAUUCGGAAAUGGUACUAAAAUCUAAAUUGGCUCGUUUAUUGUCACCAGCCAGGUGCCUCUGGAGCGUGCGUGGUGGUUUAUCUAGGUCUCGCAAUUUAGCUAAAUUUUCACCCACAUUUCCUGAUCCACCCUGCCAGCCCAUCGAUCCGCGUUGCCACUACGUGAAAGAUAAAUGCAAGCCGGCCCGCGAUAUUCUGGAACUUGACCUCCCCUUUGACAAGCACAUGCUUGAUCUAGAGAGGCUGAAGAGAGAAAAAUUGUUGGAGCCGCCUUGCUGCGUUUUACGCACGGCCCAUCAGCAACCAUGUUUGGAUGUCUAUCCAAUACGGAAGAAGAAGAAGAAGGAAGAGUGUCCGCCGUUCCGUUCUAUGUGGGUGCCACCCUGUCAGCCACAUGACCAACCCUACUGUAAAGAUAUGUUACCGCGCUUUGAUGAAAUCUAUUACAAGCCGUCGGUUAAGUGCAGAUGCUAUCAGCGCACGUGGGUUGAGUGCCCGCCAGUAAGGGAACGUUUAAAGAAGGUCUGCUGCCUGGAUGGCAUUAAUCCGCCAGAGGUGAAUAAGCGCAGCAAGGAGCGCUGUCCACAGACGACCUGUAUGUUUGACUACACACGCAUGCGACACAUAUGCAACAAUCGAGACGCUGUUUCUGAGGAUCGCUGUUUAAAGCUACAUUGGCCGUGCUGUAAGCCAGCGCGCUGUGAUAACAGCUGCCAUGUUCAUAAGAAGCUCAGCAAGUGCAGAAGGCUACGAACUCCGUAUCCUUGCUUCUCGGAACGACGCCCGAAGUACCGACCGCUGCGAGCUCGACAGUGUCUCGAAGAGCCCAUGAGCAGGUGCGAAAUCUGGCGUGAGUUGCACAAACGAGAAUUGCACAAACAAGAAGUUACUGGCUUGAAGGGUACUCACUGCUAGUCCAGCUACGAUCUCGAGCAGUCAAUGAUUACAAACCCCAUGGUCUUUCAUCAUUGAGUGUUCUAGAACAUAACUGGCGAAAGCCUCACACUUUGAACGUAAAGCCUUUCACGGACACACAUAGGCAUAGGCUUAACCUAAGACAAAAUUGUACAGAAGAUCAACAUACGAGCCGUGAUCAUUUAAUUUGAAAAAUGUGAUAUAGGUCAGCAGCGAUAACUUAACAACACUGUAGACCCAUCCUCUUAUCAACGAUAAGCUACAGUGUAUCGUUAAAGAACGCGUCAGCUGCUAUAUACACGUUGAAGUCAAAUAAAGGAUAUAUCAGCUAGAA